AAUUUUAUGUGCUCCAAUCCCGUUUUCGGAGAAAUUCUAGGGAGCUACAGCCGGAAUUAUGUUCGAGACUGCCACCCCACGAAAUGACAGACCACCGCGAUCGGGAUUUACGUUUCAGAUACAUCGAACCCUGGAUGCGCAAACCUGGGGCGCGGGACGAAGCGCGUUUCGAACCCCCAGUUUUCAUUGAUCGGAGAAUUAGCGUAGGGCUGUUUCACUGCCUAGCCUCUCAUUAAAGAUCCAUCGCCUUGUCUUCUGUCGUGCGCAUCGGCUCACCUUUCCUUCUUGCCAGCAGAAUUCUCUUCCUCUUCGAUUCUCUACGCUCGUUUCAGUCUUCAUUUCGGCAAAAUGGUUUCUUUCCCAUUGACAGCUUUGACCUUCGCGCUAGUUGCGCCUACAUUGGCUUUGCCUCGAGCUAUGACGAUCUCGGAUUCUGCGUCACAGCAACCCACCCAGCUCUGUGGUACCGACGACAGCGUAGUCCUGACUGACACACCGUGGAUCAUAUACAACAUGUUCUACAACGCGGCGCAGGCUAAGGGUACUCAAUGCACCAACUACGAGAGCGUCAAGACAGGAACGGGAGGGAACAAGAACAUUGUUUGGAGCAGCGUCACUAAUAUUGAUUACGUUUCGAGCACGAGCAACGUCCCAAAAGGAUACUCUUUCAUUGGCCUCACCCAAAACCUCGAGACCCAACUCUCCGCCAUCUCUUCUAUCCCAGCAACAUACGACUGGACACGCACAAACACCACCGCCUUCAAAGGUAACAUCUGCUUCGACUUCAUGACCUCCGACACCAAAGGCGAUUCUACCUCAACCUCGGCUCAAGAACUCAUGCUCUGGCUUGAGUACACUGGUGGCCAGCUACCCAUCGGCUGGGGUGACGGCGCCAAAGCCACGGCCUCCAGCCUCUAUGGCACGAGCUGGAAGUUGUAUCAGGGAGUGAACGAGGAUACCGGUAUCACCGUUUCGAGCCUUCUGCCAGAUAUGCAGUUUGAUGGGACGUUUUCGGGCGAUAUUAAAGACUGGUUGAUGACGUUGGUGGAAGCGGGAGUGCUCAAAGAGAGUACGUAUGUAAAUGUGGGCAAUGCAGGGACGGAACCGUUUUAUGGAAAUGCAGUGAUGAAUGCUACAUUAGGGUUGCAGAUCAAUCUGUAGGAGAGUGUAAGAAACGAUGAUUGGGCAUUUCGUGUCGGCCAUGAGGCCGUCAUCAUCAGACCGCCAUACUUUGAAAGGUCUACUUUUUCCGAGUCUACUACGC